GGUGGCAAAUUGACGUUGCUCUCGAUCUAAUAUAUGCAGUUUAGUGACUGCAUACAGCGGGAGUGAUAUUGUGCGGAAAAACAGGAAAGGAGAUUUCAACAGAAAUUCACGAGAAUUCCCAACAUCAAAGUGAACAUAUAUAUAGAAAAAAGUGUGAUCGUGCAACAUUCGUGCAGUGGAUAACGUAAUUAAUUAACUUCCAUCCUUCUAGAAGAGGUGUAAAUUACAAGGUAGAGUGGGGUUCGCAACUGGCAGUCACAGAAGCAAACCGGUAUCAGAGAGAUUACAAAUCAUACCAUCCGAUCCAUUCAAAAUCGACCGGCCCGGCUCAAUCCUUAGUCAGAAUAAUGACGACAGAGAUCCCCUUCGUAUACGGCGUGGAGUUAAAAUCACCUCCACCGACAACGACAUCCAGCCCGCUCACGCAGUAUGAGCGUUUCUUGAAGAUGAAAUACAUGAUCGAGCAGCUAAUGCCUCACCAUAAUUUUUCCUACGGCCCAACUCAGCUCCCACCCAACAUGGCGGAUCUGUCAUCCCUGUUUCCCAAUGCCGGCAACUACACAACAUCCGUGCUGACAAUCCACAGCAAUUCGAGCAUCGCCGUGAAUUUGCCAUCUUUCGUAAGCGAUUGGGCCGGGGAAACUACCGUUGGGAAAACGGCGUCCAGCGUGGGAGAUAAUUCCAGUGCGACGGCAGCCGGUAGCCGUUUUAGUGACGAUUUGACAUUUCAGUACUAUUUGAUUAUCCCGCUGUAUGUGGUUGUUUUUUUGAUAUCGGUGGUAAGCAAUUCGCUGGUGAUCCUGACGCUGAUGAAUAAAAGGAUGCGGUCGGUGACAAAUAUGUACCUGCUGAAUUUGGCCAUAUCGGAUCUUCUACUUGAUGUAUUUUGCAUGCCGUUCACACUGGCCGGGCAGGUUCUGCAGACGUUCAUUUUCGGCAGGAUCAUGUGCAAAGUUAUACUGUACCUUCAAGAGCAAAUCAACAAAGCUACGGACAUCUCGUUGACUUCAUUCCCCCCUAACACGGGGUUAAAAUCCAAGACCAUUGUACCGCAAACCCGGGAGACCAAUUGCAACUCCCUACCGACAGAAGUGACCCCACCGAAAAACACUCAGCCCGGCUCGUCAUCGAAAUGGUUUUCCACCUCCAAAUGCAAUGAGCAUAGUGGAUGUGCAGCUACCGAAAAACCGGACCGUAUUUUGGAAAAUUUAAUGGGGUGCCGCCCCCCGAAAUGCACAACCAACCUCAUAGACACUGUCAACUCUACCACAAUUUGCACUCCAAAGCCUUCGUCUAGCAGCGCCGGAUCAUCUUCCAAGCACGUCGGAACCGCUGACGAACUAUACACCAUCUCGCAUUCUAGACAUCGGCUUAAAUAG